GCUCCGGUUACAGUCGAGCUCGAGCUUGUUGCGAGCGCGCACACUGCACACCGGGUGCGCAGGUUGUUUUAGACGGUUCCUAAACAGGAGAACAAAAUACACACACGCACCGGGACGGACAUGUCGCUGAGCUGAUUGAGAGCCAACCUUGAGGUCUAAUCCUCCACCUUUUUUAUGUCUUUAUUUUUGGAUGUGUCCGGACGGAAUUUACGCACGCUGGCUGGCAUGCCCGAGGUGGACCCCGCAGGAGUGCAACGCGCACGCUGAGAGCCCGGAGGGAUAUUUACAAUAGAAACUCAAUUCCUGUGCGAGGAAGAAUAGCGAAGAGGGAGGAGGAGGAGUGAAAGAUUACGCUGGAAUGAAGAAGACCUCGAGAUUCCUGGCGUGCUGCGGAGUUGUGACUGAUGGAUGAAUGUGGUCAUCUGUAGGCUAAAUCGGGCGACAGGUACAGACACCAACGGGAGGGAGCUGUGACAAAAGACGCGGUGCUGAGCCUCGUCGAAAGCUUCUGCAAUCUGGUUCAUCAGGUCGCAUCGUUGAGUUGAAAAAAGGAGAGAAAGAAUCCAAGAGGGGCUGAUUUGUGCCUCAGCCACAGGUCACACAGGACACCGCAUCCAGAGCAGGGACAGCAGGCUCCUUCAUCCGAAUCAGCCAAGGACGCUGGAUCUGGAGCAGAUCUGUGAGCGGGGCAUCAGGACAUGUAUCUGCUAUCGAGCUCUCAUGCUCCCGACUGAUCUGAGCUCUGCUCCCCACCGGCCCAGGCGCAGAUAAGGGUCCACCCGGGGCGUCCUGCCUGUCGCUCCGACUCCUCGGCUCCACACUCACCGGCUCUCUCCCUCCCUCUCCUUUUGGACAAUCUAUCAGCAUGGCGGGACCCGGGUGUUGGAAGUAUUACCUCUGGAUGUUUAUUUUAAUAUGCAGGUUGGCGCUGCCCACAGCCAAAUCGCUGGAGACUAUAAUUUGGAGCUCGCAGAACCCCAAAUUUCUUCCUGGAAAGGGCCUCGUGAUCUACCCGGACAUUGGAGACAAGCUGGAUAUCAUCUGUCCGAAAGCAGACCCAGGAAGAGAUUAUGAGUACUUCAAGCUGUACUUGGUGAGAAAGGAGCAGGCGGAGAGUUGCAGCACGGUGCUUGAUCCAAACGUGUUGGUCAACUGCAACAAGCCUGAGAAGGACAUCAAAUUCACCAUCAAAUUCCAAGAGUUCAGCCCCAACUACAUGGGCUUGGAGUUCAAGAAGAAUGUCAACUACUACAUCACCUCAACUUCCAACGGCACGGUCGAGGGCCUGGAGAACCGGGAGGGAGGCGUGUGCAAGAGCCGAGCCAUGAAAGUCAUAAUGAAAGUCGGGCAAGUCCCAAACGCAGCAAAGCCAGAAACUCCAGAGGACAACGUCAUACCAGAAUCCAGCACCAGUCUGCCAGAUUCGGGCCCUAGUGGGCCAGUCAUGCCAGGAAACACUGGUACCAUGAAUCAAGGUCAGACAGAGACCCCAUCAAACCCCGACAGCUUCCUCAGCUCCAAGGUGGCUGUGUUCUCCGCCAUCGGAGCCGGCUGCAUCAUCUUCCUCAUCCUCAUCCUGCUUCUCGUCAUCCUCCUCAUCAAGAUGCGCAAGCGUGCCAGGAAAAACACCCACUCACAGGCCCGCCCAUCGGCACUAUCGCUCAGCACGCUGUCCAAUCCCAAGCUGCCGGGGGGCACAGCCGGAACGGAGCCCAGUGACAUCAUCAUUCCGCUGCGGACAGAGAACAACUACUGCCCUCACUACGAGAAGGUGAGCGGCGACUAUGGCCAUCCAGUCUACAUCGUCCAGGAGAUGCCUCCGCAGAGCCCCGCCAACAUCUACUACAAGGUCUGACACGCCUCGCACCACCAGCGGCUCGGCCAGGAGAGGGACAAACAAGGAGCGCCCGAUUCAACGAUCUUAGGAAGAACUCUUUCCUUUGCAUUAGGGGGACGCCGCGGCCCUGUUAUUUCUACCACCUGCUGCACAAAUCUGGAGAAACAUGCACUGACCAGUAACCAGCGGGGGAUGGGAGCUGACUGAUGAGAGAGGUUUAUCCGGUUUGUUUGGGUUGUCUGACACUCCCCACCCCCCUUCCUCCCCCCAGCCCUCACUCCCCACCCUCUCUCCCCGUUGUGUUCCGACAUAAAAGGGGGCGGAGCCGAAGCAACCAACCAGCAGAUGGAACUCCAGCGUCAUGGUUCGCUGUCCCCGUUAACGGACAGGAUAUAACUUAUCUUAGCUCCCUGUAGUACGGUCUGUGCUACACCCAAUUAAACACACCAUCCUAGCUCUCUAGGAGCACGAGGGCUACGCCGCGCUGCGCAGCCUGCAGGUUGUGUGCGAGCAGGAAAAUGUACGUGUGCAUGGGUGUGACGGUCGGGUGGAGGGCUCCGUGCUGGGGCCAGGAAACUCUCCAGAUAGCUCAGGUAUCUUACACGGUGUGUGAAAUGAUGCGCUCCUCUCCCUUCGCACCUCGGAUGUUUGCCUUACUUACUAUUUUUGAUGGAGGAUUUCCUUGAACCCGUAAUCAGUUCACAAAGCAGUUGACUUUUGUUAGACUUUUCCUACAAGUGCACAAUGUACAGAGCUGAACCCAUUAUCACCGCACCUCCUCGCUGCUCAUGACAUUCAUCUCUCUCACUUAUUUCCUUAAAACGUACUUUGACCUGGACUGUAGGCAUCAAGGUGUGUGUGAGUGUGUGUGUGUGUGUGUGUGUGUGAGUGUGUGUAGGUGUGUGUGUGUGUGUGUGAGUGUGUGUGUAUAGGUGGGUGAGAGAGAGAGAAGACCCUCCCUCCUCCAUGGCUGCGAUAUGAGUUUCACCAUCAUUGUGGUAUUUAUGACCUGCUUGUGUAUAAUUCAGGGUGUGUCCUCGCCGUGUGUUUGGACAUGUCCAGACCUGUUUUGUUGGGGGGGGGGGACAUUAUUGGCUUUGUGGUGGAACAUUAUGAUACUGUAUUCUAAAUUAAAGCAAACACAAAACAGAAGUGAGACAGACAGAUCUGCUGAUAACAGACAAGAUCUAACAAACCCUCCUCCAGUUGGCUGGAGAUCUUAUUGUCGGAUCGGUUUUCAGGGUGUUUUUUUUCAUAAGACAGCAGACAGGUUGGUAUGUGAAUGUUUUAUCCACUGGUGCCACAGCUUAAGCAUCAAACAGUACGUUUGGUGCCUUAGGUGGGCGUGGGUUGGGUGUCUUGCACCGAUUGGCUGGUGCAUGCCCGUAUACGAGUUGGACAGGGAAGCUGGUGAACCUUAGGAUACAGUAUUGUCAGACGCCAAUUGGCUGCCGUCUGUAGAUGAGUCAGUGAAGCGCUCAGUCCGUGGUGCUGCCAGCGUGUGACUAAUCUAUGUGCCAUCUUCAUGCCCACACUCACCAGCCGGGGGGAUGAAGGGAGAAAACGUUCCUGUGACUGGGCUUUAACCUGAGAGGCGAGAGAGUGUAGGGAGAGGUGAAGGGUGAGGCGGGGUGUGGGAGGAGGUUCGGCGUUCACUUUCAUGAUUUUCAUCCCAUCCUGUGCUGUGAAUAAAAAUGCUGUGCAGAAUAUUCCACAGCCGAGGUGCUGGUGAGCGAGGACACCGCAGCCUAUCACACGGCCCAGGGCAGCAGCUCCGAGUCAGGAUUCGCUGCAGCUGGAGGCGGUGAUGUGUCGGAGGCCCCG